CCGAGAUUUUUGGUCGAAUGAUCACUUUUUUUAUGUAUAACUGUGACAAAUAAAUACCUGGUUCUGUGUGGGCGGAACUUGGAUUCAUGGCUGACGGGACUUCCCCGUUCCUUGUCUGGUUAAGAUAUUUAUUCAAUUUCUAUUCAUUGUUAUCCGAGGCCUUGAGAGAUUCGACCGCAAAGAUAAUAAAACACGCGCGCGUUACAAUAAUAGUUUCUAGAGCAUCCCGACAGAUGCAUUGGUGACCCAUAAUUUUUUUCCCGCUACUAUUUUGGCGGGUUUUUGUGCGAUAUAGUCCGAACCGAGCGGAAGCGGAAAAGAAAGAGUUAUUUUGGCGCGUAACCUCUGCCUGGUAGCACGCGCCAAGCAUAGGUUAGCUUGGACUACUAGGCUGUAUUGAUAAAAGUGUGAAGAACAGCGGGAUAACAAAAGUAUUAUUAUUGUUGAAAGUGCAAAGCUUUCUCGGAAUAUCCUGAAAACAACAACGCAAAAUGAUGAAGGAUCAAGUCCGCUGGUCAAUGAUCGAAUCACGAUACGGCGACCCAGUAGUCCGCUAUUUGAAAGAUGAAGAUGUACAGCUAAACAAAUUAGCCCCUAAUGUUUACAUGGUUUCGAAUGUUAAUAUCCUCAAACAAUGUGCCAAAAUUGUCCCAAUUUCCUACGACGAAUGUUCAAGUUCAGGGGAGCCAUCAAAGAAAAAACAGAAAAUCAAUCAUUCGCCAGUAUCACAAAUUGAAAGCAACUGCUACGAUUUUCCAGAAAAUCUAAAGAGAAUUGUCAACAUCGACUUUGAAAAAUCUCCACCCAAAAAAGACAUGUCUGAGGUUCAAGUAAAAAAUUUAUCAGUCGAGGUAAACUUGCUUAUCUGUCUCGAUCUGCUUUACACCCAAAAGGAUAGAAUGCCAGAGUUGAGCUUCCUUAGUUCGAAAAAUCUUCGUCCAUCGUGGGAUCAUGAAAAAGUGUUCCAUUGUAUGAUGGAAACUCAUGUAGGACGCCAGAAAGAAACGAAAUACAGUGCCUGUUUUAAAGAGCUAAAGCCUAUUUUGGAAAACUUUCAUAAAAGACACAAGAAAUUCAACCACGUCUCUUGUCUUGAAACCGUAAUGACAGAGACAAAUUCAUCUGAAAAUAAUGAUCAUAACGUUUCCAUCAAUCAGUUGCAAAAAUAUUUUUAUCUCGUUACUGCUUGUGUCAUUCCUAAACAACUGUUUGGUAACAAUCGCAAUCUGAAGAAACUGAGGCAAGGAUUGAAAAAAUAUUUUCUUUCCUCGUGGAAAGAAAACCUAUCUCUCAAAAGUUAUGUGACAGGGAUGAAUAUUUCCUGCAUUCGUUGGCUGAAAUCGAUACCAGAUGUUGAAACACAGUGGUUGAUAAUUGCAAAAAUUGCAAGAUGGUUGUUCGAAGUCUAUUUCUUGGGAAUAUUAAAAACCGUCUUUAGAGUGCAAAAAGACUUGUAUAGCGAGAAGAAGGUUUUCCUCAGUUCAGCAAGAUGGAAAAAACGGACAUGCCAAUAUGUCAAGACACUGAAGAGGAAGAAGGCGAUAGAGGAAAAAGGUCCUGUCGUUGAAUCCUUACAAAACGAACUUAUAAUUUGUAAUAUUCAUCCAAAGAAAUAUGGUGUACGUUGCGUUUACUCGCUUCCAAAGGGCAUUCGCGAUGAGGUGAUGAUGCUGAAGGCAUUCCUACAACAAUUAUACAGCCAAGAAAACGAGUUGUCAUCGGUUCAGAGAUUGUAUCCCGAGUGGUUAAAUUUGGUGGAAAAAAAACAGCAAGAUCCUGAUCAUCCCUAUUUUCUCGUUUCAUCUGAUAUCACCGAUGCUUAUGGAUCAGUUAUUCAGACGAAAUUAUACGAGAUUGUGCAUGAAAUGAUCAUGAAAAUCCCAGAUGACAGAAUUGCCUUAGAGUGGUUAGCAGUACUGAAACCGAACGUUUCCGAUAUGAAAAACGAAGUUGAAUACAUUCAAUGGUGCAGUUAUUGUUCGUCACUGCCUCAAAUUCCCGCUCACUCGCUAGUCUCACGCGUAGAAGAUGAUGAGCACACGAGGAAAUUUAUAUUCAAAGAAGACAUGUGCUUGCUGUUGAAAAAAUAUAUUCUGCAGCAAAACUUUUCGUACAGAGGCACGAAUUACAGCCUUAAAAAAGGUCUUCCUCAAGGAUUCCCACUGUCGUCAGUAUUAUCGGAUAUUUAUUAUGGUCACAUGAUGAGAGAAGAUUUUGCAAUUACCAGAAACUCUGGUUUGCUUGCAAGAUACGUCGAUGAUUUUUUGUACGUCACUGAUAAAAAAGACGCAGCGAAAGAGUUUAUGGAGAAAAUAAGGCAAGGGGUUCCUGAAUAUCAUUGCCGUUUCAGCAUCUCAAAAACACGAACUAAUUUAAUUUCAUGCCGGUGGGAAUCGACCGAGGACGUUUCCUACCUCGGACACCGCAUUGAUUGCGCGACCUUACAAGUAUCUCCUGUUUUUACGGAUGUGGAUUUUCGUCAUAACAAGUCGAUGCAGUGCGUCAAGUACAAAAACGAACAACAAGCUUUCGUGAUGCGAUUGAGGAAUUUUGCAGCUUUGAAAUUAUCGCCUAUUGUAUUAGACGCAAAAAUAAAUAGUUUCGAAGUGAUUUGCUCGACCGUCGAGUCAGCAGCUUACACAAUGGCGUCACGCAGCGCCGUUCUCAUAUCAAGAGUGUACCCAAAAUGCGAACGUUAUGCCUACGAAAUUUGGGUAGAAAUUCGAAAGGCUGUGAAACUCGUCAUGCGGAACCUUUUUUCAUUUUUGUUCAAAAGUGGGAACAGGCUGGGUGUGGACAAGAUCAGACGCAUCGAAAAGUUAAUCUGGAAAUCUUACCGCAAAGUUUUCGCUAAAAAUGCAAAUUUGCAUAAAUGUUUCGGCAAUUCUAUUCGCGGAGAGAUUAUCAAUCGAUUGACUUAGGCGCUGCCAACUCGUAUCGCUCACAGUUCACAUGUUCACCUUUGAAUUCGUGGUAAAGCUUGGUACAGCUCAAGGCCGUUCGUGCGUUAGGUAGCAACGAUACGCAUGUCAAACGAUCGAAAAGCAUACAAGUGACGGCCUUUGUGGCUUUGCCUUAACAUUUUCGAGGUAGGUGGCAUGAGAAACUUUAGCGCCGACCGCCAAUUGAACAUCGACUGAUUACGAACGUACUUCACACCCUCGGAAGAGGACCGUACUCCCGAGUGAGCUUCAACUCGUCUAUGAGCACAAGAAAAUCAUGCAAAAAGUCUCGACGUGCGAAAAAAGAAGAUAAAAAGAUCGUAUUACGUGAUACUACUCAACUAUUUAUAAAUACUUGAAUAUAUAUUACUUGAGUAUACUUACUUUUUUUCUCGUAGAUUUUAUUUUUGCGAAAAUUUGUUCCUUUUUAAGUUUUUUGUCGCUUUAAUAAUUGAUUUCCACUGUAAUUCUCUGAAAAGUCUCACAUUCAU